CAAAAGGUUAAAAAACGCUGCUUUGCUGGGCAGACAGUUCAUGAAGAGGUUAGCGUGUGGUUUGUUUUGAAACGGACUAACAGGCGUUUGGCACUUUAUCAAUCACUUCAGGACACCUUUUGAAAUUAUAUGGAAGCUCUAAAGCAUCGGUCACGUUAUGGAAAUCCCAUCCCAUGGAAGGAAACGUACAGGAAGCGCUGCUUUGAAAGGCUAAAAAGCAGUAGAUCCCGGCUGCUGGAGAGGUACCGACAGGCGGGAGAAAAUGAUGGCGGUCGGCAGAGCUCCAUGGUGGAGGAGAUCAUGCAGGAGGAGUGGAGUGCCUUGCGGUCGUCUGACAUGGGACAGGCGACGCCCUGGAGUAACAUUGGCAUAGACUUGUUUGGUGCCGUACAGCAAGAAGAUGAGCUUGCAGUCCUUCAAGAAAUUCAACAAGAACUUUUAGCCGAAGAACUUGCCAUUCUGGAGAACUACCACAAGAACUUGCAGUUCGAGGAGCAGUCUCUGAAUGCCUUGGUAGAGGGCAUGGAGAGCAGUGGCUUCGUCAUAUGUCCGGUCUGCUUUGCAAACAAUCUAACGGUGACCAGCCAUUUCAUCUCCUGCACGUGUGGCUUGUUCGUCAACACGCUGGGUCGUGAGGUGAGUGCGGAGGUGCUGCGGGGGCUCCUGGAGCAGCAGGUGUCCCAGCACGGGGACUCGGAGUGCCCCCACUGCCUCGUCUUCUCCAUGGUGGCCAACAUGGACGGCUCCUCCAGCCUGGUGGCCAGCUGCGCGGGCUGUGACUACCUGUUUGUUGUACUCUGAACACGUCCACUGAACAUGGCUGCAUUUUGAAGGGCUGUCUGUGUUUUUAAAGCUAUUCACAUUUUGGUGAAAAUAAAUGCAAUGUCCUGUUGCAUAGAAAUUCAGUGCAAUGUAGACAACAGAACCUAAGCGAUACAUGCAGCAGGGAUUGGGAUGCAGUUUCAGGGGAGGUGUAUUCCAUAAACCAUGGAACCAUGGAACCAUAUUCCAACCAAAAUGUCCUUGCUCUCCCACGUAUGGUAGGCCAACAGUGUUAAAUCUACUAAUAGAAGAGCACAUGGCUUUUUUUGCCCGAAGAAUGAUGCUGUAAAAUCAUUUCAUUGAGCUGUUUACCGUGGGUUCUCCCUUGGUUUCAGUACUGUCAGGGGUCGUGGUGUUGGACCCUGGGGCAUGUGUAGGGUUGAUUCUUUCAAUCGACCUGCUGUGUGUAAUUUUGCCAUUUGAAUGUCUGUGCCAAACAGUGUAAACUUCAGAUUAAUCUUUCGUAUGGAUGAGAAUCGGCUACAUCAUUGAUGCCUACAUCAUGUCAGUUACAUCAUUGGUGCAAACACUUGUUUUUGAAGAAUAUUAUCAUGUCCAUCUGUUAUUUAUUUGUAGGUACUUUUAAAGAUAUAAUAAAGGCUUUAUUUUGAUUAA